AUGGGGAUGGUUGGCCUCCCUAAUGUAGGAAAGAGCACCACAUUUAAUUUGUUGUGCAAACAAUCCGUACCUGCAGAGAAUUACCCCUUCUGUACUAUCGACCCCCAUGAGGCACGCAUGAACGUUCCUGAUGAUCGUUUUCGGUGGUUAUGCGGCCACUUUAAGCCGAAGAGCGAAGUGUCUGCCACUUUAUCUAUUUUUGAUAUCGCUGGUCUUGUGCCUGGGGCUCACAAAGGGGAGGGACUUGGUAAUGCUUUUCUCUCUCAUAUUCAGGCUGUAGACGGCAUUUUUCAUGUUGUGCGUGCGUUCGCUGACGAGGAGGUGGUUCACAGUGAGGGAGAAGUAGACCCUGUGAAGGACUUAAAUACAAUUUCAUCAGAGCUGCGUUUAAAAGACUUAGAACGGGCUCAGCGUCUUUUGGAAGACGCUCAGAAAUCCUCUCGACAGCAGAAGGCAGCAGACAAGGCAAAAAAAUUGCAAGAAGAGGUCUUGCAGGCUGUGAUCAAGCUGCUAGAGGAGGGGAAGUGGGUGCAGCAGGGGAACUGGAAGGCGGCAGAGGUAGAGAUUUUAAAUGAAUAUCAGUUUCUAACUGCUAAGACGGUCGUCUACUUGGUGAACAUGAGUGAAAAAGAUUUCAUUCGACAGAAGAACAAAUGGCUAGCAAAGAUACAUGCCUGGGUCCAGGAAAACGUACAGGGACCCAUCAUUCCCUACUCUGCUGUCUUUGAAAAUAAACUCGCUGAACUGCCAGACGAUGAGGCGAGAGAGAAUUACAUCAAGAGCAGUGGGGCUUCUAAGAGCAUGCUAGACAAGAUUAUCCAGACCGGUUAUCAUGCGUUGCAUUUAAUCCAUUUCUUUACCUGUGGGGAGGACGAGGUGAAGUGCUGGACAAUUCGUGCAGGUACAAAGGCCCCCCAAGCGGCUGGAGUGAUUCAUACGGAUUUCGAAAGGGGUUUUAUUUGUGCUGAGGUAUAUAAAUACAGCGACCUCGUUGAGCUUGGCAGCGAAAAUGCAGUUAAAGCUGCGGGAAAAUACCUGCAAAAAGGAGCCUUACAGGAGCAGCAGCAACAGCAGCAGCAACAGCAGCAGCAGCAGCAGCAGCGGGACAUCUUUGGUGGUAUAUCGCUGCAGCAUUUCGCAUUUUGUUGCGAUGCUGCUGCCGCAGCAGCACAAGCCUUUCUUCAGCUUGUUUUAGUCAUCGUAUGA